GGUCCUCUUCUCUUCGGGCUUAUCCACUCAUUUCUGUCAUCACCAGACAGCCCUUCAUUCCCACAGUGAGCACCUCUCGAGUUCUCUCACCGCUCCCACCUUCGGGAAGCACCUGUUCAGAGACCCAAGCCAACGAAACUCAUGGAAGCAGUGAAUCCGAGACAGAGCAGCCCACCCUCCCCUUGAAAAAGCCUCGCCGCAGCCGGACCAUCUUCACAGAGUUGCAGCUUAUGGGACUAGAGAAGAAAUUCCAAAAGCAGAAAUACCUAUCCACACCAGACAGGCUGGAUCUUGCCCAGUCAUUGGGCCUAACUCAACUUCAAGUGAAAACUUGGUAUCAAAAUCGCAGGAUGAAAUGGAAAAAAAUGGUUCUGAAAGGAGGACAGGAAGCGCCCACAAAGCCCAAAGGCCGCCCAAAGAAAAAUUCCAUUCCCACCUCAGAGGAAAUUGAAGCAGAAGAAAAGCUGAACAGCCAAACUCAGCCAGAGGUUUUGGAGGAAAGCCAAGCAGCAGAAGACUGCGGGUUGACCAAGGAGCAGUUAGGUCCCUCUUCAGAAACCGAUGGAUCUCCUAAACACAUAGCAGAGGCAUGUCCAGGGCUGACAAUCUCAAGUUAAAAGCUACCUUAGC